AUGUUAGUAUACUCACUGCUCAUGGCGGCCCACUGCAUCACCUCGGCAGCGGCAUCAUGGGCCUCUGCGGGGUGGCAGGCGCCAAAGUACGACCCCGCCCCGCUCGGCGCGCCGGCAUGCCCGACCGGCGCAUCCGCCUCGCCACAAGUACCGUGUAUCGGCCCAGGCUACAGCCCCCUGGACAAUGUGGGGAUCACGUUCCCCAAGGCAGGCGACUACUGGGUUGCCAACGGCUCGGCCGCCGCCGAGUGGUCGUUGCCCCGCCUCGGGAGAAACGGCAGCGAGGAGGUGUUCCAGAUGAUGCUCUAUAACCGCAACGCGUCCAUUCUCCCUUCCUAUGUCAUACUCCAGAACUACGUUAACUACUCCAACUUUAGCACAAUCUCAGAGCGGAAGAUCGAAUCCCUCCAGAUCGCCCCUGCAACGGGCUACUGGGCAGUCCUGGCCACGUCAAGACAGAAGGACGUGAAUGACCAACGGUACAACAGGUUGUGGUCCCGCUACCAGGUCUGGUGCAGCUCGGACGAGUUUGAGAUCAAGCCGCCUGGGACGCUGCAGAGGCUGCCGGGCAACUACUCGCACAUUAACGACCCAUACCAGUACCCCACCGGCCCGUCCGCAGCGGGGAGGCCAUGA